AUGAUAGCUAAAUUUUCUGUUUUUAGCUUGGGUCAACAGAUGAUGAAGAAGGCAGUUUUGUUGUUUGGAGUACUCACCUAUGCCUUAGCAGAUAUUUAUAGUUGUGGUGGAUUUGUGAAGUCUAACGUACCAAUCGAUUAUUCAAAGAUCCAGGUCAAACUUCUAACUCCUGAAGGUCACUUGAAACAUGAAGAGGAAUGCAAUCCACAAAACGGGUACUACAUGAUUCCAAUAUACAAUAAGGGACGUUAUUCGUUGAAAGUCUCAGCUCCAGAAGGAUGGUAUUUUGAACCAGAAACCUUCGACUUCAAACUCGACGGUUUCAAUGAUCCGUGCAGCAAGAACGAAGACAUUAAUUUCUUUCUGGCAGGAUUUUCUAUCCAUGGAGUAGUUGAUGGUGGAUCGGGAAAAGGCCCAACUGGUCUCUCAUUGACGUUAAAACAGGAUGGAAAAGUCAUUGAUACUGCAACAACGACUGAAAAUGGGAAGUAUUCUUUCCGAGCUGUGGCAGGAAAGUACGAGGUAUCAACGGGAGCUGAUUCAUCGGUGUGCAUAAGUCAUGGGAAGGCAAUUGUUGAGGUGAAAAAUGCUCCAGUACUAAUAAAACCAGACCUCCGAAUAGCUGGAUAUCAGUUUACUGCAUCGGUAAUGAACAAGGAUCGUCCCCUACCUGGAGUGAGAAUCACUCUCUAUUCAGAGACAAUGCCUGAGCUUGAAAAAUGUAAACCUAUCACUACUCCCGUCAGUGGAAUAGAAAAUGUAAAGUUCAUCUGUCCGAUCGGAAUCACUUCUGCUGAGGGACAAGUUAUCGUUCCUUGCUUACCAUCAGGUGUAUAUUUCGCUAAAGCAGAUUAUAAAGAUGGAGAAACGGAGUUUUUAUUCUCACCUUCGGUACAAGAAGUUCACGUCAAAGAUCAUGCUGUUAAGGUUGCCUUCUCUGUGACCGGUUUCACAGCCCGUGGACGAGUCGUUGUGGGUGGGAAAGGAGUUGCUGGAGCUGAAGUUCUUGUGGGUGGGAAAAAAGUGACUGAAACCGAUUCGAAUGGUUAUUAUACGCUUAGUGAUCUGAAGGAGGGAACUCUCGAGAUCACCGCCAAAGCACCUCACACCGUGUUUAGCGUCGAAAAGAAUACGUUAAAGCUGCCACACAUUAAGAUUAACGAUGUUAAAGUCGAAGGGUUCGAAGUGUGUGGAAGUGUGGAAAAGACUGCCUCAGAACAGAUAGCCACACCUCUGGUGUUGAAACGCAGCAAUAAUGCAGACACUGUUUCAAUUCGGCCAGGAUCGGAUGGAAAAUUCUGUAAGAUGGUUGCUCCAGCGAAAUAUACUAUUUCGCCUGCUGAUGUAUCUUCGACAUUAACUCCGAGAUCACUGGAUAUUGACGUAACGGCGAGCUCUGUUCAUGAUCUCCGUUUCACACAUUUUAAGACGGAUGCUGUAGUACUGGUCACCUGUAUAGGCACCUGUGAAACGCUGUCCAUCUCACUAUUACAUGGAGGAAAUGUCGUUGAUACAGUAAGUGGAAAGGACGAAUUUGUCUUCAAGAAUAUCGGACCAGGAAAUUACAAAGUUCACAUCAAUGAAGGCGAUAGAGCGUGUUGGGAACAACGCGAACUUCCUCUGGUAGUCGAAAAAGUUCGCCCACAACCGGUGCAUUUUGUGCAGAGCGGCUUCUCAGCCAGUAUUCAGUUGAGUCACUCGGCACAGCUAAAAUGGUCCCACAGCGAUAAGAAACAGCUGAAAGGAGAUGUCAACGCUCCAGCAGGGUUGUCGUCGGUUUGUGUGCCCGUUCAAGGACGCUAUCAUGUCCAUCUGAUUUCGUGCAUGAAUUUCGAUCCUCAGCAAUUCGACAUCAGUGUUGCCUCGGAUCAAGUCUAUGAGGCGAAAGCUAUGGAUGCAAAAAUAACGGGUGCUAUCAAGAGUACUGAUGGAAGUGGUUUUAUUGUUAAAGUCAAGUCUGGCGCCGGUGAACGCGAUGUCUCUGUAAGUUCAAACGGCGUAUUUGCAUUCCAUGAGCCGCUUACUUCAAACGGAGAUGUUGUGAUGACACCACAUUCGGCUACUCAUCUUUUCGAUCCACCCUCUUUUGCACUACGAUUCAGAGGUGACUGUGCAGAAAAUGUUGUGACAUUCAUCGCUACUAAAGGGAUUUUCAUUGACGGAUCGAUAACACCACCAGUAUCUGGAGUAAAGAUUACAGCAAAACACGAGAAAGAUGUGAAUGUUUACUUCGAAACGGUCUCGGAUUCGAAAGGAAAGUACAGAAUUGGUCCUGUUCGUCGAGUGCAAGACAUAAAAAUAACCGCUGAACUGGAUGGUUAUUCGUUCAGCGAGAAACCAGGUCAUGUUGGGCAGAUUCUUAGCAUGAAGUUAAGCAAACUUACGGUAGUAGUGUCCGACAUGGCAACUUCCGAACGUCUAGAUGAUGUGUUGUUAUCAAUAGUUGGUGAGAAGGAUUAUCGCAGUAACACUAUGAUUGACAAAAACGGGGAGAUUAACUUUGUUGGAUUGGCACCUGGAGAGUACUUUCUUCGUGCGAUACUGCAAGAGUACAAAUUUGAACCUUCUACGACAACUAUCGCGGUGAAAGAAGGACAACACGAACAUAUCGAACUAAGAGGAAAACGUGUAUCGUUUAGUGUGUUCGGACGUGUGCGAGAAAUGUCUGGAGCGGCUGUAGUGGGCGUGAUCAUCGAAGCGCUGUCAGAACAAUGUGAUCAACAUCAAUCUGAGGCGACAACCACUCAGGAUGGCUCCUACCGUAUCCGAGCGUUGAAACCUAGCUGUCAAUACAGGGUUUCAAUUAAGUCCGGCGCAGAUGGUGCUGCUGCUCCACACUGUUUCCCCUCACAAUUCGAAGUACGAAUGACAGCUGAAGAUUUAAAGGGACUGGAUAUGGUAGCUGCACCGUACGACCUAAGUACUGAUCUUGCUGUAGAGAUGGAAUUCGGCACGAUGACCAUACCACCUUUGUAUCGUCUUUACGUACAACGAGACGGUGAAACAAUUACACAGUCAGUAAUCCAUGCUCCGGUUACUGUAUUCUACCUAAACAACCUUCCACGUGAUGGUAGAGAGUAUUCCGUAAGAGUUGAACCGGAUCGGCAACAUCAAACAUUCCCAGCUAAGACGGUGUUCUUUACAACGGAUGCUCCUGUACGAGUAGUACGUAUACCAAUUACAUCAUCGAAACGAUCCGGAGAAGUAGAAAUAAGUGCCGGAUCACUGCUGGCGUUACCCUUCUUUGGACUUUUGGCAUUGGUGUUCUUUAAUCAGGGACGAUCUCUGGAACUUUUCCGAUCAUUCAUCUCAAUCGUUCGUCCAGCAAGUCCUUCAGUGGAACGCAAAAAGAGGAAAUAA